AUAUUCCCACAAUCUCUCACUGUCAUGUUUUCGUUUUCGCUCUUAAUUUCUUAUAUAAAUUGAAUUGAGGUUCUCAGUUUCUCUUAGGACUCUGAUUUUCGUCAGUCAGCCAACACCUUACAGUGUACAUUGAGCAGCUGAUCACUGCAUACAAACAUGAAUAUUGAGAUGAGUAGUUCUGCAAGGUCGGGGACUGGGAAUUGUGUUAAAGAAGGCUUAAAGAAGGUUUACGAGAAGAUAGACACCCCUAAAUACUUGAGGAACUCCUUUUUGACAGUUUGUGUGGUUGCUUUGGCUAUUGAUCCUUUGUUUCUCUUUAUUCCUGAAAUUGAUUAUCAAAAAUCAUGCAUCGGUUUCGACAAAACGCUUGGUCGUGCAGUUAGUAACCUUCGUAGCUUAAUUGACGGACUCUAUCUAAUGCACAUGAUUGUUUCUAUAUUCAUACCUUUGAGAAGCAAGAUGAGCGGAAGAAAACAAUAUAUCUUCAGUAUUGUUGACAUUGUCUCUAUUGUCCCCAUUCCUCAUGUAAUGGUUUUCCACCUUCUCCGUAAUAAAGGGGGGGUCUUAUCUGGUGUCAAAGAGAAUACUCAAGUGGACCAUAGUUGGUCUGUAUAUACCAAGAAUCAUUCGCAUCUUUCCGAUUUACAAAGAAGCGACAAAAACCAGCGUUACAGUAGUAAGAUCAAAGUGGAUUGGAGCUCUUAUAAACCUUUUGCUCUUCCUGUUGUGCAGUUAUGUGUUUGGGGCUUUCUGGUACGUUACUGCAAUAGAAAAGCAAAUCAUAUGCUGGCAUGACGCUUGGAAUAAGAUUAUGCAUGGGAAUGAGACUAUGCAUGACUUUGGGAGUGACACUAGGUGGAAACAAGUCAAUAUCACGGAGCUGUACUGUGCACAUGGUAAAGACAACAGUCUUUUUCUGAAAGAUUCAUGCCCAGUAAUCGACCCAGCCGAAAUCAGAAAAACAUCCGAAAAAUUGGCCGGGAACAAAACUAUAUACGAGUACGACUUUGGUAUGUACGGUGACGUAGUGGAGUCUCAGGUGGGAAGUGUUAAUCUAAGGGAUUUUCCAAAGAAGUUCUUCUACUGCUUUUGGUGGGCUCUCGGAAAUCUUAGUACCUUUGGCGAAAAACUCAAGCCAGGCAACUCUGCAACAGACAUCUUUUUGGCUAUCCUCAUGUGUGCCUGUGGUUUAUUCUUGGUUGCUGUACUCAUUGGAAACGUUCAGAAAUACUUGCUAUCAAGUACCGUCAGAGCAGACGAAAUGAAUGAAAGAAAGAGAGACAUAGAAACAUGGAUGACGUAUAGGAACCUACCAGAAGAGCUCAAGAAACGCAUUAAGGAAAACGAGAAAGCCCUAAGAAAAAAUUUGAGAGGCACGGAUGAAGAAUCUCUUCUUCGUCGCUUCCCAGAAGACCUCAGACGCGAAACCCAACUCUAUCUUGAUGAGCAUAGUGCAUAAUUCGUUAUACCGGAUGACAUUAAAUCCGUUAUACCGGAUGGCAUCAAACCGGACCAGGAUUAUAAUGGAACAAUGUGUCUUCGUUUAAUGUUUACUAUUGUUGUUUAUGGACUACUUAUCUUCCCACUUCCCAAUUGUAUUUAUGAAUCUUUUUUUCCAUCCAUCUAUUGUCUUUGUAUCCUUCUAUUGAAAUAAAACCUAUCUCCUCCAUUUCUCA